AUGGUCCGCGACGACGUCGCGCUCUCGGAGAGCGACUACGCGAACCUCUUCCGGAGCCGCCUCGCGGGGCCGGCCGCGGGCGUCGACGAGGUGCUGGAGCGCCUGGGCCGCGACGCGGGCGUCUUCGCCAUCGCGUCGCGCACGGCCGCGGCCAUGGCGCGCGACGCCGACGCCGCGCCGGGCUGGUCCGCGACGUACGAGCGCGUCGGCGCCGACGGGACGACGCGCUUCGGCGCUUUAAAACGCCUCGCGCUCGACGGCGCGGACCGGGCUCAGCUCCGGGCGGCGGUGCUCCGCGCCGCGGGCCGGCGCGGCGGCGCCCAGCGCGAGCGCCUCGAGGCCUUCGCGGAGGCCUUCGACCGGCGCUGCGCGGCCGCGGACGCGAAAAACCCGCCCGGCGUCCGCGUCGCGCUCGACGGCGCGAACGUCGCCUGGUACGGCCGCAACUUCCGCGGCGGCAACUUCGACCACGGCCAGCUCGACCGCGCCAUGGGCGCCCUCCCCGCGUUCUUCGACGGGCGCGUCGACCCCGUGUUGGUGUUGCCGCGGAAGCACGCGCGCGCGUCGCGGCUCUCCGGCGACGCGAGGCGGCUCGUCGACGGGUGGCGCCGGGAGCCCCACCUGCUGACGACCGUGCCGCCGGGCAGCGACGACGACUGGUACUGGAUGCUCGCGUCGCUGUCCGUCGCGAGCCGCGGCUGCGACUUCGCCGUCUCCAACGACGCCGCGCGGGACCACCACUUCAUGCACCUCGCGCCCCUGCCCUUCCAGCGCUGGAAGCGGCGCCACGUGUUGCGCUUCGCGUUCCGCCGCGACGCCGCGGGCGCGCCCGCGGCGUUCGCGCUCGACGAGCCGCCGACCUUCUCCGCCGAGCUCCAGCGGCUCGAGACGGCGAGCCACGUCGCCUGGCUCGCGCCCCUCGCCGACGCGCCGGGCGGGUCAAGCAUGGCGGAGAUCGAGGGGCUGGUUCGCGCCUUGCGCGAGGGCGACGACGCGGCGAAGACGGCAGCGGCGCGGGCGCUGUGGAACCUCGCGUACCACAACGCCGCCAACAAGGUCGCGAUCGCCGAGGCCGGCGCCAUCCCGCUGCUCGUCGAGCUCCUGUGCGACGGGCGCGCGGAGGCCAAGCGGCAGGCUGCGAGUGCGCUGGGCUCGCUCGCGUACAACAACGACGCCAGCAAGGUCGCGAUCGCCGAGGCCGGCGCCAUCCCGCUGCUCGUCGAGCUCCUGCGCGACGGCAGCGCGGACGCCAAAGAGGAGGCCGCGUUCGCGCUGAGCAACCUCGCGUGCGACAACGCCGCCAACCAGGCCGCGAUCGCCGAGGCCGGUGGCGUCCCGCCGCUCGUCGAGCUCCUGCGCGACGGCAGCGCGGACGCCAAACAGUGGGCCAUGUUUGCGCUGGGCAACCUCGCGUGCUACAACGCCGCCAACCAGGCCGCGAUCGCCGAGGCCGGCGCCAUCCCGCUGCUCGUCGAGCUCCUGCGCGACGGGAGCGCGGAAGCGAGCCGGCUUGCCACGGGGGUGCUGUGGAACCUCGCGAGCAACGCCGCCAACGUGGUCCUGAUCGCCGAGGCCGGCGCCAUCCCGCUGCUCGUCGAGCUCCUGCGCGACGGGAGCGCGUACGCCAAAGAGGAGGCCGCGCUGGCGCUGUGCAACCUCGCGUACCGCAACGCCGCCAACAAGGUCGCGAUCGCCGAGGCCGGCGCCAUCCCGCUGCUCGUCGAGCUCCUGCGCGACGGGAGCGCGGAAGCGAGCCGGCGGGCCACGGGGGCGCUGUGGAACAUCGCCUACAACAACGACGCCAACGCGGUCGCGAUCGCGGCGGCCGUCGGCCUCGAGGCGCUCGUCGAGCUCGCGCGGCGCGGCCGCCUGACCGUCGACGACCAGUCGGUCGUGCGCGACGCGGGCAUCGCCGCGAAGCGCAAGGCCGCGCUGGUCGUCGCCGCGCUGCUUCGCGCCUGCGUCCCGGACGAACUGCGGAGCCGAGCCGACGUCCGGGACGUCAUCCGCGGCGUCGUCGGGCCCUACCUCUAG